AUGUCUACAUCUGGUCAGCGUUUUGCUGCAGCCAAUGAUGAAGCUAUUCUGGAAGUACGAAAUAAAGUUGGGUUGAUAACGCUAAAUCGACCCAAGGCAUUAAAUGUGUUAAGCUUAAAUAUGAUCAAUACUAUUUAUCCCAUUAUGAUGGAAUGGGAUAAAGAUCCUAAUGUCCAGGUAAUAGUUAUGAAAGGUGCUGGCGAGAAAGCUUUUUGUGCUGGUGGUGAUGUUAAAUCCCUCGUUGGCAAUCGGCCCCUAAGCAGGGAGUUCUUUCCUACAGAAUAUCGUUUGAAUAACUUAAUUGGCAUUUUGAAGACUCCUUAUGUAGCCUUUAUCGAUGGAAUAACUAUGGGUGGUGGUAUUGGUUUGUCAGUUCACGGCCGCUAUCGUGUUGCAACAGAACGUACAUUAUUUGCUAUGCCCGAAACAGCUUUGGGUCUACAUCCGGAUGUAGGAGGAUCGUACUUUUUACCACGGUUGGAAGGCAACUUGGGCAUGUAUUUCGCUCUCACUGGGCAAAGAAUGAAAGGUAGAGAUGUGUAUUUUACUGGAAUUGCUACUCAUUAUGUUGGGUCACAAGAUAUUAACGAAUUAGAAUCAAAACUUAUCAAUCAACCAAGUAUUACAAAUGAUGUGGUUCAAGAGAUUCUUGAUCAGUAUCAUAAGAAGCACGAGGGUGGAGAAUUCUCAUUUGCUCAGCAUAUGGACAAAAUUAACGAAUGCUUCAAAGGAGAAACUAUAGAAGAAAUAUUUACUCUAUUAGAAAAAGAUGGCUCAGAGUGGGCUAUGAAAUGCCUCAACCAUUGUCGUAAGAUGUCACCUAGUUCAAUGAAAGUAACUAUUCGUGCACUGCAGGAAGGAGCUAAAGCGCCUUCCUUAGCUGAUGCGUUGUUAACAGAAAAUCGCAUUUGUCAGAGAAUGAUGGAAACAAAAGAUUUCUAUGAAGGAGUUAGAGCUAUAUUAAUCGAUCGUGAUAAUAAUCCAAAGUGGGAUCCUGCAACGUUUGAAGAAGUGACUGAUGAAAUGGUCGAUGCUCAUUUUCAACCUACUAGUGACGGAGAUGUAAUAUUGCCAAAGCAGUGA